ACACUAAAAUUAUAAUUGCAAUAGCUUAUAUGAAAUGUUGACGAGAAAACUCACAACACGCAUCUAAAAUGUAAAAGUGGUAAAGUACGUAAAGUACGAAUAACUGACACAGUCUUGAACACGUCAAGUACCUUCCUGACAAUGUCGCGAUUUAGGAAAUAUUUCACAAUCAGAUUGUGUGACGUUGGCUUGCUUUUAAGCAGUAUGACUUGGUUGGAAGGUUAAAUGAUGGAUUAUUUAAUGGUAAGCAAGUUUGAGAUAUGAGUGCUUUGAAACUAACACUUUAGUAAUUGAAAGAAUUUAAUUAAAAAUAGAUUGGCUUGAGGUGUAAUGGUGCUAUUCAAUUUUCUAUCUUCAUAGUAAGUAGUCAACGAAGGUAUUUGAAAAAGAACGAAUAUUAAAUGAACUCUUGCAGUCAACUGCAAAGGUUGACUAUCUUUUUCGAAAGAGCAAGUUUAGACACAUGAUUGGAAUAGCUUGUGAUCCUCUGCGUCACACUAGCAUGUAUGAACGCAUGCAGGAGGAAAGUGAAGAUAGUGAUGGUGAAGGUGGUCUUGGCAAUGUAUCCCGAGUGAUUAUACGGCCUCCUGGGCAGAGCGGAAAAGCAAAACGUGGUCAUCUUUGUUUUGAUGCUGCAUUUGAAACAGGCAAUUUAGGCAAGGCUGAUCUCGUUGGUGAUUUUGAAUACGAUUUAUAUUUGCGGCCCGAUACAUGUAAUCCUAGAUAUCGAUUUUGGUUUAAUUUUACUGUGGAUAAUGUUAAAGUCGAUCAACGCGUUAUUUUUAAUGUAGUAAAUAUGAGUAAGCCAAGGAAUUUAUUUAAUUCUAAUCUCACGCCCUUGGUUAAAUCAUCAAGCCGUCCAAAAUGGCAACGAUUGCCAAAAAAAAAUGUUUUUUAUUAUCGAUCAAUUUUGCAUCAAAAUCAAUAUGUGCUAAGUUUUGCAUUCUCCUUCGAUAAGGAAGAUGAUGUCUACCAGUUCGCUGCGGCUUUACCAUACAGUUAUUCUCGACUGCAGUCCUAUUUAAAUGUUUUAGAUGCGAAGCAAACGGAAUUGCGUUUUAAACGUAGUGUAAUGGCUAAAACUCUGCAAAAUCGUAACUUAGACCUCAUAACGAUUGAUCAUGUCACUGGAAAAAUGAAAACAAACCGAAUAGAAAAAUCCUUUAUACGUGUUAUAGUUGUAAUAUGUCGCUUACAUGGCGCAGAAGCUCCAGCUUCAUUUGUGUGCCAAGGAUUUCUUGAAUUUCUUGUAGGCAACCACCCAAUUGCUAAUGUACUACGGGAAAAUUUUGUAUUCAAAAUAUUACCGAUGGUUAAUCCGGAUGGGGUAUUUCUUGGGAAUAAUCGAUGUAAUUUAAUAGGCCAGGACUUAAACCGUGUCUGGCACAUAGCAACCGAAUAUUCACAUCCAACUGUUUUUGCUAUAAGGAAUAUGUUAAAAGAAUUAGAUAACUCCGAUUCUUAUCAAAUCGAUUUUGUAUUCGAUAUACAUGCACAUACCAGUAUGCAUGGCAGUUUUAUAUAUGGUAAUACAUACGAGGAUGUUUACCGUUAUGAACGUCAUUUGGUCUUUCCACGUCUUUUUGCUGCCAAUGCUGCCGACUAUGUUCAAAGCAAUAUGAUGUUUAAUGCGGAUGAACGAAAGGUCGGUUGUGUGCGCCGCUUUUGUUGCGAACGUUUGAGCGAUACAAUUAAUUCAUACACAUUGGAAAUUUCUGUAGGUGGCCAUUAUCUCAGGGAUGGAAAAACCAUUGCUUUAUACACAGAAGAUGGCUACUACCGUUGUGGACGGACAUUGGUACGCACACUACUGCAGUAUUAUCGUUUUAUUAACGUUUUAGCAGUUCCAGUGCCUCCAGACAUACGCCAAAAGCACAAAAAUCGACCACGCACUCAUCAAUCACGAUCCCGUUCGAAAACACGUUAUGAAGUUAAGCCUAGGCCGCAAACAACGCGGUAUUAUGCACCCAUUUCUUAUAUGAAUAUAUCAAUAAACUAUGACUCUUGCGGCUCAUCUGACGAAGGUGGAUUCUCUCCUUUACGGCCCAAAGGUCCUGGGUGUAGUCAUUUCAGUGGCUACCGUAGUAUUGGUCGUCACGAUCCUGAACAGUUUACUUUACCAAUUAUCAACACGAAAAGAUAUGAUACUUUAAACCAGCCUCAUGAAGGAUUUUAUAAAGGAAGUAGGUCUAUUGCAGAAAAAACUAUUAAGCUUCCUACACAUAUAUAUGAACCGUCAGUUAAUAUGCCGCCAAAGCCGUAUUUAUCGAUUAUUGAUUUGAAUCAAUUAACACGUGGUAGUCUGAAUGUAAAAUCAAAUAUUUUAGGUAAUUCAUAGAACUAUGAAAUGUAAAGAAUAGAAGUUAGACUAGUUAGACAAUUUGAAAUUUACACGUUUAAUAUUUUCCUCUUGUUAUAAAGUGUAUUUUAAAAGAAUAUUUUUUAUAGAUUCAA